AUGCUUCUUCCAAUACAAUCAAAAGCCGUCUUGAACGUUUUUUCGAGCAAAAGAAAAACUGGUUCUAGAGGAAAAGAAAGUUUUCCAGAUUCUGAUAAAGGGAAAAAAUAUGAUAAAGAAAGUGCUUCGAAAGAAUUUAGCGAAACAAUUGAAACGAUAAAAAAAUAUGCGGAUAAUGGAACUCUCCCACAAAUUUACGAUCCGUUAAAAUCCUGUUUCGAAGUAUUAAAACCUUUUCAUUUAUCCGAUCUCGAUGUGAAAAACGAUUUCGAACAAUUUCGAAUUGAUUUAAGCGAGAGAAAACUUUUCGAACAAAAAUUAUCAUCGCAAAUAUAUAAUAAUAAUAAUAAAUUUGAAAUUAAUAAUCAGAAUGUAUUCAUUCCGAAACUUAAUUUGGAUCAGAAGACGGGAAGUGACGAUACCGAUACCGAUACCGAUAUUCGCGGUCAAAAAAAAUAUAAAAAUUCCGAAACCUUUUCCAGAACGAAUAAUAAAAUAUCGGGAAAAAAACAAUCGUCAAACGAUGGUUUGAUAAACAACGAUGAAGAAGAUGAUGCUCCCCUCGAAACAUCUUUCGAACAUAGAUUUUAUUCAUCCGAUGAUAAAAGUCUAUCGUCCGAAGAUGAAUCCGGUUGUGAAAAAAAUUAUAAAAAAUCUAAAGAUAAAAAAUCAGAUAGAAGUAUCAAAACAUUAAAAAGUCCAAAAAUGUUUUCACAUUCCGAACAAGGUGACGCAACGAAAAAUUCAAUGACGAAACGUUCUAGAAAAUCAAAAUAUUCAUCUUCGAGUAGUGAAGAAAGAGAAAUUGAAAUGGAAUCUGAUAAAUCCGUUUCCCUAACGGAUUCUCAAGUUUCACAAGAAUUAAAAUUAGCCGAUCAAAAAGCAACAAGAACUGUUAAAAUGAUUGAACAAAUAAGAGAAGCCAUAGCUGCUUAUCAAAAGAAGGAUACCAUGACCGAAGAAGAAAAUCAAGAAUUGAAAAAAAAUCAACAAAAAUUAUCGCAAAAUUUACAACAAUUGGAAAAAAUAACGAGAAGAGUUAAACAUUUGGUCGGAUUAGCUGAUAAAUCGUUUAAAAAAAAAUGGGAAGAAUUGGAAAAAAAUGGGAAGACUGAGGUAGAAGAAGAUUUAAAAGCCGGAGGUGAUGCAAAAAAUUUACCCGAUUUAACACAACGCGAAGACAUUGACAAUUGCAGAAUCCUAACUGAACAUAAUAAUGAUAAUAAUAAUUUACCCGAAGAAGGGAGACAAACGGAUGUGGAAAAAUUUUACGACGAACCUUUAAUGGAGGACAAUUCAUCUAAAACUGAUAAUACGGAAAAAUUUGAUGAUGAACCUGUCAAUCAGGCAUCGAGUUCAAGGUCUUGCGAUAGCGACACUCAAUCGAAAUUAAUAAUUAAUAAUAAUAAUAAUAAUAACAAUAUAAAUAAUAAUGACCCGCUCGAAGACAUCAACGAAAGUUUAGAAAGUUUCGAUAGCGAUAAUUUAAAUAAACCGGAAACGGUGAGAACGAAAUUAAAAAACGAUUUGAAAAAACUCGCGGAUGAAAUGACGGCGGAUUUUGAUGAUUCGGAUAUGGAAACGGCUGACGAAACGGAAACGCCAUUAUCGAAACCGACUCUCAUCAAAUUGGAAAAAUCAAUUAAAGCAUUUUUAGAUAACGAUAAAGGAGGGGAUUUAAAAAGUGGAUCACUCGGUGAAGGAGAUGUUUUAUGUAACGGAUCCCAAAGCGUGACGGAUUCUUUGGAUUUUAAAAUGCAAAAAAUAAUUUCACACGAUACUAAACCGAAUUCGAUUAUGCAACCGUUAAAUUCUAUCGAAAGUUUUUCUGGACUCAAAACUCAAUCCCCGAGUCUCCCGAGCGUUCCCGAAUCCGAUGCGAAAAGUGUUCCCGAAGUCAUGUUAUCGUUAACCGGAAGAUUGAGCGAAAGUUAUUCGAUGCAAGAAAAAUUGGCGGCAGAAAAUGCGGAUUUGGAAGGAUUAAGAUACCAAUUGCAGGAAGAGCUUAUUACGAAAGAAAAUGCAGUCGAGCUAUUACAAAGAAAAGUGGCAAAUCUUCAAGCUGAAAUGAGACUUAUCGCUAGAGAAAAUGCUCAACUCAAUGAUAAAUUAACGGGGGGACAGGGAACGACUAAUACUACCACCACAACAACAUCAAAUUUCGAUGAGAAAAAUACGGGAAAAUCUAAUUUUCGUCCUCUUACGCCACCCACGACCACCGAUAUUGUCGAUAUGAAACUUCAAGAAUAUAAAGAAACCACUCACACUUUGGAAAAUGCUGUCAAUUCACUCGAAUGCGAAGUAAAACGUAUUCAACAAGAAUUAUGCGCCGUGCAAAAGGAAAGACAAGAAUUGGAAAAUCAUAGGAAAAUGGUGAAAAUAACCGCGAACGUGCAAAGAAGAGGAAUGGGAAAUCACGGAGGAUUACUUAAUCCGUUACCACCGAGAGAUUCAAAUACCGAACUCCAAGUGAGAGAAUUAAAAGAACAAUAUGACAGACUUCAACAGGAUUUUAAUAAUAAAAUGUUGGAAGUUGCGUCGCUGAGAGCUCAAAAUGAUAAAUUGAUGGAAAUAACGGACAAGGCGAGAGAAGAAAGGGAUUUUUGCGAGGCUCAGUGUAAAUCCCUUGAAAAAAGAUUAAAACAAUUGGAAGGAGAAAAAACAAAGAUGUUGGGAUCGAAAGAACAAUUGUUCGAACAAGAACAACAAAUGAGCGUAAUUAAAUUAAGAUAUAGAGAAGCACAAGAUGAAAUUGACGAAUUGAAAAAUCAAUUGGAUGAUCAAAGUGCUCAAUUAGACGAUUAUAGAAAUAAAUAUUUACAAGCGCAGCAACAAGUUGAAGAGCAAAUAAGACAAAUAGAUCACAUGGAAUUGGAAAAUCAAAGAGUUAGAGAAGAACAAAAUGCAGAGAUUCAAAGAAUAAAACAAGUUUUCCAAGAAAAGCUUUCCGAACUUUCACCUUUACCAGACAUAUUGAAAGAAACACAAUUGAAAUUACAAGAAGCUCAACAAUUGAGAAUGAUUUCAGAAAGAAACGUUGAAGAUUUACAACGUGAAUUACAAGAAGCCAAAGAAAGAGCUAAUAAUUUAUUAAGACGACUCGAAUCGGAUAGAAGCAGUCAACAAUUGGGAAUGGAUGAAAGGAGUCAAAUGGCAGCAAGACUCGAAUCGUGGGAAAAAAAAUGCAACGAAUUAAGAGAUGAAAAUGCUAAACUCAAGACGAGUAUUGCACGAUUGGAAGAAGCUUCUGCACAAAAUGAGAAAAGAUUAGAUGAAAAAUUACACGAAGUCGCACAAUUUUCCAAUCAGUUGGAAACUCUUAGAGAAGAAUCCGCUCGACAAGUUGCCAGAUGUAAAGAUAGAAACGAAACAGUUAAAAGAUCAUUGCAAACUCAAAUAGCUGAUUUGGAAAGGCAAUUGGCUCAAGCGAGAGCAACCGCGAGAACGGCACAAAAAGAUAAAGACGAGAUUCGGCAAAAGAUGCAAUCGCAAAUAAAUAAUCUCAAUGAUAAUUUCGAACAAGCUCAAUUAAGAAUAAAAAGUUUGCAAUCGCACGUCAACUUUCUUAAAAAUUCAUAUUCUGGAAUAUUCACUCCGGAGCCUAGUAACGUGUCACUAGUCGAUAGUGCUAGUGGAUUUCUUAUUGAGCCACCAUGCAAUCCGUGCGACUGCUAUAACUGA